GAAAAGGAAGUCUAGCCUUCUGCUCCCGGCUCCGGGGUUGAGGCUGUAGGGACCUGGCCUUGGAGUCCGGUGACGCCCCUACCUCGCUUUCUUGGUCCCCUCCGGGCUGGCGGCGGCUGACUGCAGGUGCAGCGGGCCCAGGGCGUGCGGCCUGGAUUUUCUGUGCCGUGUUAAACAUGAGCCCCACACAGUGGGACUUCCCUGUGGAAUUAUGUUGUCGGCCUAUGGCUUUUGUUACACUUACUGGCCUAGAUGUAGUUUAUAAUGCUGUCCAUCGAGCAGUCUGGGAUGCUUUCUGUGCCAAUCGGAGGGCUGAUAGGGUACCAAUUUCUUUCAAGGUGCUGCCAGGUGACCAUGAAUAUCCAAAAUGUAGACCCAAGAGAACUUCAUAUGAAUGGUACAUUCCUAAAGGGGUCUUAAAGACUGGCUGGAUGAAUAAGCAUCUGAAUCUGGUCCCAGCCCUGGUGGUUGUAUUCUAUGAACUGGACUGGGAUGAGCCUCAGUGGAAAGAGAAGCAAUCCGAGUGUGCUACCAGAGUGGAGAUUGUCAGGCAAAGUUUGCAAGGCCGAAAUACAAAAGUUGCAGUGGUUCUGAUUCAGAAGAAAACUCCUUUGCCUCCAGGAGAAGAUGUCAUUGCUUCUGAGCGGGCUGCAGCUUUAUGUAAUGUGUGUGAGCUCUCGGGAAAGUCCUUGUUUGUGCUGCCCCACACUGACCACCUUGUGGGCUACAUUAUAAGAUUAGAAAAUGCAUUUUAUGAGCAUGCCCAGACCUAUUACUACACUGAGAUCAGAAGAGGGAAAUCCCAUAAAGAAUUUUUGAAUAAAACAACACACCAGCUUUUGUUUGUUAGACAUCAGUUCAAAAUAGCUUUCUUCAGUGAGUUGAAACAAGAUACACAGAAUGCUCUGAAGAACUAUAGGACCGCCUAUAAUCUUGUACACGAAUUGAGAGCCCAUGAAACUAAUAUUCUGGAAAUUAAGACUAUGGCAGGAUUUAUAAACUACAAGAUCUGUAGGCUGUGUUUCCAGCACAACACCCCAUUGGAUGCAAUUGCUCAGUUUCGAAAACACAUUGACUUAUGUAAGAAAAAAAUUGGAAGUGCGGAGUUGUCAUUUGAGCAUGCUGCAUGGAUGUCUAAACAAUUUCAGGCCUUUGGAGAUUUAUUUGAUGAAGCUAUUAAAUUAGGGUUAACAGCUAUUCAGACUCAGAAUCCUGGUUUCUAUUAUCAACAGGCAGCAUAUUAUGCCCAGGAGAGGAAACAGCAUGCAAAAGCCCUCUGUAACCAUGAAGCGUCUGUGAUGUAUCCCAAUCCUGAUCCACUGGAAACACCAACAGGUGUUCUUGACUUUUAUGGACAAAGGCCCUGGCGACAAGGAAUUCUAAGCUUUGAUCUUUCUGACCCCGAGAAAGAGAAGGUGGGGAUCCUUGCCAUUCAGCUGAAGGAGAGAAAUGUUGUUCACUCUGAAAUAAUAAUCACUCUCCUGAGCAAUGCUGUUGCGCAAUUCAAGAAGUACAAAUGUCCACGAAUGAAAAGCCACCUAAUGGUUCAAAUGGGAGAAGAAUAUUAUUAUGCAAAGGAUUAUACGAAAGCUUUGAAGUUGCUGGAUUAUGUUAUGUGUGACUACCGGAGUGAAGGAUGGUGGACUCUACUCACGUCUAUAUUGACUACAGCUCUGAAGUGUUCCUACCUCAUGGCUCAGUUAAAGGAUUAUAUUACUUACUCCCUAGAACUCCUUGGAAGAGCAUCGACUCUGAAAGAUGACCAGAAAUCUCGGAUAGAAAAGAACCUCAUAAAUGUUUUAAUGAAUGAAAGUCCUGAUCCUGAACCUGACUGUGAUGUCUUAGCUGUAAAGACUGCUCAGAAGCUGUGGGCCGACAGAGUUUCUCUAGCUGGCAGCAAUAUUUUCACAAUAGGAGUACAGGACUUUGUGCCAUUUGUACAAUGUAAAGCCAAGUUUCAUGCCCCAAGUUUUCAUGUGGAUGUUCCUGUUCAGUUUGAUAUUUAUCUGAAGGCUGACUGUCCACACCCCAUUAGAUUUUCCAAACUCUGCGUCAGCUUUAAUAACCAGGAAUACAACCAGUUCUGUGUAAUAGAAGAAGCAUCCAAAGCAAGUGAAGUUUUAGAAAAUUUGACCCAAGGAAAGAUGUGCUUAGUUCCUGGUAAAACAAGAAAAUUGUUAUUUAAAUUUGUUGCAAAAACUGAAGAUGUUGGAAAGAAAAUUGAGAUUACUUCUGUGGAUCUGGUUCUGGGCAGCGAAUCAGGCAGGUGUGUGGUUUUGAGCUGGCAGGGAGGGGGAGGAGAUGCUGCUUCCUCCCAGGAAGCCCUUCAGGCUGCAAGGUCCUUCAAAAGGCGGCCCAAGCUCCCUGACAAUGAGGUUCACUGGGACAGCAUCAUAAUCCAAGCAAGCACAAUGAUCAUCUCCAGAAUCCCAAACAUUUCUGUACAUCUGCGACAUGAGCCUCCUGCCCUGAUGAAUGAGAUGUAUUGUUUGAUUGUAACUGUUCAAUCCCAUGAAAAGACCCAUAUCAGGGAUGUGAAACUCACUGCUGGUUUAAAGCCAGGGCAGGAUGCCAACUUAACUCAGAAAACUCAUGUGACUCUUCAGGGAACAGAACUAUGUGAUGAGUCCUACCCAGCUUUACUUACAGACAUUCCUGUUGGAGACUUACGUCCAGGGGAACAGCUAGAAAAAACAUUAUAUAUUCGCUGUGGAACAGUGGGCUCCAGAAUGUUUCUUGUAUAUGUUUCUUACCUGAUCAAUACAACUGUUGAAGGAAAAGAAAUUGUUUGCAAGUGUCACAAGGAUGAAACUGUAACAAUAGAUACUGUAUUUCCAUUCGAUGUUGCAGUUAAAUUUGUUUCCACAAAGUUUGAACACCUGGAAAGGGUCUAUGCAGACAUCCCCUUUCUGUUGAUGACAGAUAUUUUAAGCGCCUCGCCUUGGGCCCUCACAAUUGUGUCCAGUGAACUACGGCUUGCUCUGUCUAUGACUGCAGUGGAUCAUCUGGAGUCCCAAGUGGACAGAGUUAUCUUACAGACAGGAGAAAGUGCUAGUGAAUGCUUCUGUCUUCGUUGUCCAUCCACUGGGAAUAUUGAAGGUGGAGUAGCAACUGGACAUUACACAAUCUCCUGGAAGAGGGCUUCAGCUGGGAAAGACAUCCCCUCCAUCAGCACCGUCAUCACCCUGCCACAUGUGAUUGUCGAAAGCAUCCCUCUCCAUGUGAAUGCAGAUCUGCCAUCAUUUGGGCGUGUCAGAGAGUCCUUACCUGUCAGGUAUAAUUUACAGAAUAAGACCGACUUGGUUCAAGAUGUGGAAAUUUCUGUGGAGCCCAGCGAUGCCUUCAUGUUCUCAGGUCUCAAACAGAUUCGAUUACGUAUUCUACCUGGCACCCAACAGGAAAUGUUAUAUAAUUUCUAUCCUCUGAUGGCUGGGUACCAGCAGCUACCAUCUCUCAACAUCAACUUGCUUCGAUUUCCCAACUUCACAAAUCAGCUGCUCAGGCGUUUUAUACCUACCAGUAUUUUUGUAAAGCCACAAGGUCGACUCCUGGAUGAUACCUCUAUUGCUGCUGCAUGAUGUUCAAGACCAGCUAUGGGUAUUCUCACAGAGGACUCAAGCAGAGCUGUCUAGGUGUUCCAUUGUGAAUUGUAGCUUUGAUCAUGGUAAAAAGUUAACUUUCCUGUUUUUUAGUAGUUGUUACCAGCUAUUCAGAGGAACAAAUGCUAAAAAUAUUAGGAAAAUCAUCUUAUAGUUUCACUAAUAAAACAUUUGAAACCUGUCAGUGUGAUGUGAAAGGAUAUCAGAUCAUUGUGGCUGUUGAAAGUCACUUUAUGAAUGGUAGAUUGUUUCAAAUGUGAUUUGGAUGUUCAGAAUCAGUGGAAACUAGACACCCCAAAUAUGCUCUGGACAAAGAAGAAAAUGUGCUGUAUCUGCUCCAGUGAAGUCCUGAAUCCCUGUGACCCUUCCAGAGUUAGACAACCUGGAAACGACCCAUCCUCAUAAAUUCGGUGUGUGCUUAACAUAUAUGCACAGCAGCCUGCAUUGUACAUAAUACAGUUUGUAUAUGAGAAUAUACAUGUAUAUAUGCAUAUAGGUUUAAAUACAUAAAACUGUAAACAAAUUUCAUAAAUUAAUGUUUCUUUUUCUGCUCAUACUUUGUAUCCUUGUUUUAAAAAAUUCCUCAUUGUAACUUACUAAGUCGAUUUCAUAACCCCACAAUAAGAUGUAAAUUGAAGGUUGAAAAAUACCAGUGAAGAUCUUUAAAUACCUUUGGGCUCCAAGAUGAUUUGCCGCAGUGUACGCAUAAUGAAGGUCAUGUGCUCACACUGAUAAUUUUCAGCAUAAAGCAUGUGUUUGUACAAUGAGUCACUGAUAUGUACUUUAAAAUUAGCAUUGAUGUUAAUGUGAUUUGCUUAACUGUGUUUUCUUUACCAAAUAAACAAGUCCAUGGUUUU